CGGGCUUAAAUUUCAAUUUAUUUGUUUUGCAAAUAUUUUCAACAGGGAGGAUACGCUACGACAAAUCAGCUGAAAUAUUGCUAUUCCACAACACUUUAGUGAAAUAAUUUGUUUUAAUCACUCAAACACAGUUCAUUCGUUGCUUGGAAGCUUUUUCUGAUCACCGCCUAAAGCUGCAAAUGCGUUGGUAAGCAUCGGUUUAAAAUGUUCAACCUUCUCUGGCCGGCUAUUUUCUUGGCCAUUGUGCAACCGUCCUUGCAAUUCAAUGACAAAUUCGACGAAGAAAUGUUGAUAAAACCUCUACCGGAUGGAUUUGUGUACAGUUAUUUUCAGUUCACGACGCGCUGGGAUCUAGCUUCGAACGAUAGUCUGCUACACACACACUUGGUGUCUCGUUCCGUGGCGGAGCUUUUCCACCAUUACGAGAUCAGUGAACUUCAUCUCAGCUUUACCAACGGUAUUUGGCGGUAUGAAAAUUGGGGGUUUCCGGUUGAGAACGCCGGACCUGGCGCGGAGGUGUGGGCCUGGUUUGAACCCACUGCUACAGACGGCGACGGUGGGGUUGACCGCAAGUGGAAACUGCUUUGCGGUACGCUUUCCGGAUUGUUUUGCGCUUCGUUGAGCUUCGUGGACAACACCAAUACAUUUCAGCCGGUAUUUUCUCUGCGGCCGGUCACCCAUCAGUUCGAGGGCAAACCGAUGGGGAAGAUUCGAUACGCGGCACUACCGCGUGAGAUUGUUUGUACAGAAAAUUUAACACCUUGGAAGAAGUUACUGCCCUGCAAAUCGGAGGAGGGUUUCGUUUCACUACUCACGCCCGAUCACAUCUAUUCGGGGAAUUACAACUCGCUGGCGGUGCACAUUCGGAAACUCUGCGCGGAUAAAGAUUGCGUGCAGUUUCAGCUGGAGGUUAAGCAAAGCUUGAGCCUGGUUCAGGAUCAGCGGCUUUUCGGUGGUAAAGAUUGGUCCGUUCGUAAACUUUUCAAGCAAGGGGUGCAAGGAGCUUGUGUUUUGUCUGAAAGCAGCCGACUGUAUGUAGAUGUUACCCACCAAGAGUACGAUAUGACGCAAAAACCUACGAAUAUUAUAUAUUCUACCCGAGGAGGUGCGAGUUCGGUUCUGUACGAGUAUGACAUCAAGGAAUUCGAAAAGAAACAACAAAUGUUUAACGUUGCUGCCAUGGAUAAGCGGGAUCCGCUCAUAGUUUCCAUCGUUCAACCUCCUCCCAUAUUCUCGAAGCGGUUCAUUUCCGGUGUUGGCCAGGAGCGGGGUCGUAUUGUUACUCGAAUAACCAACACCCACUGGACGGAAUUGAAUUUGUUAAUUUUUGAAAACAUUCCAUGGUUUGUGCCAGUUUAUCUGCACACCCUGAAAAUCAAGCGUGAUAAUAAGCUGAUUAUUCCAAAUAUAGUCAAAUACGUUCCAGGUCGACAAAGAGAGCGUCCGACGCAGCUAGAGUUAGCAGUCACCAUACCGGCUCGAUGCACUGUCGAACUGUCCAUCGAUUUCGACUACAUUUUUCUAAAGUGGCAAGAAUAUCCACCGGAUGCCAGUCAUGGCCACUAUAUGCAAUCGUCGAUUAUCUCUGUACUGCUGCCAGUUGGACGCAAUUAUACUGCGCUGCCACGAGAAGCUGCUCUAUUUCGAGAUGCUUUUAAUGCGACUCAACCGAAUGGAUACUUUUUGCAGAUGCGAACGGAAGCCCUCUUGUUAACUCUACCCAUUCCGGACUUUAGCAUGCCGUACAAUGUAAUUUGCUUGGCCUGUACUGUCGUUGCGUUGGCGUUCGGGCCGAUUCACAACAUAUCAACCAAAAAAAUUGUCGCCAAGCGCAAAGAAACUGCGAAACCCAAACUAGUGGACAAGAUAAAAGGUUGGUUCAAACGGAAGCCCAAAAAGGAGGAAGAGGAGGGCAGCGAGUCCCUAGUUGAUACAUGUAAGACUGAAGAGGAGCCGCAAAAAGCUUGAUACCAAAAGAAAUGUAUUAUGAGUUGUAACUAAGUCAUCGAUUGAAAUAGACACUGAACACCAG